GCGCUGUUUGUCCAUAUUCAGUUACCGUAUUAAUCCACGUUUCCGUCUACGUUCAAGAUGGCGGCGCCCGGUGUUGCGAACGACCUUGUGGACAGCGAUUUGCCCAUUGCUACGCAACUACUGAACAACAUCACAGAGCAGGUUGCUUCGGUGACGGGCCAUGUACAAGGUUUAAUAAAGAGAGUCCAAGAUGGAUCAUACAACACCAGCAAGGGCCUGUCGUUUCUGGACCUAAGAUACCAGCUACUGCUGUUCUACCUUCAAGACCUCACACACCUGAUCAGCAUCAAGUCAGAGGGCAAGAGCCUGAAAGAAAAUUGUGCCCUCUACAGGCUGGUCACUGUCAGAACAAUCCUGGAGAAGAUGCGUCCUCUGGAUCAGAAGUUGAGGUAUCAGAUUGACAAGCUGGUGCGCACAGCCCUGACCGGGAGUUUAGCUGAAAACGAUCCACUGCAGUUCCAUCCCAACCCUGAUAAUCUUGUCAGCAAAUUCAGUGAGUCUGAGGACUCGGAGGAUGAAGGAGAAAAUACAGCCAAGGUUUCUGAGAAAAAAGAAUCCUCUAGCAGAAAGUAUGUACCACCCAGGAUUGCCCCGAUGCAUUAUGAGGGAGACAUGACGGAGGCGGACAGGCAGAAGGACAGGGCAGACAAGCUGAAACGUGCAGCCCUGCGUAGCUCCCUGAUCCAGGAGCUCCGGCAGCAGUACAGCGACGCUCCCGAAGAGAUCCGGGAACGGAGAGACUUUCAGACCGAGCGAGAGAGUCGGGAAGAGCUACACAGGAAGGAGUAUGAGGAGUCCAUGAUGGUGCGUCUGGCCGUGCCUCGCCAAGAGAAAACUAAGCGGAAGCGAGGCAUGCUGGGAAUGUCAUCUCAGUUGAGCAGCAUCACGCGAUUCGGAGACAUCUCGGCCCUGACGGGAGGGGAGGGACCGGAUGUUGAUAACCCUCAGCCUAAGAAGAAGAAGAAGAAACUAAUGAAGAAGAAAACAAAAAAGAGAGCUUUCAGGAAGCAUCGGUAGAGGGCAGAAACCAAGAUGGCAGAAGGUUGUUCUGCAAAAUGGCUCAAUGCAUCAGUCUGUGUACAAUGUAUCGCACAUGGUUUCCUAUUAAAAGUAAUUUUAAUUUUUGAA